AUGGAGUCCGCAAACAACACAAGUUUUGAGACCAGCACAAAUGGAGACCGCCUCGAGGAGACCGCUGCUGAGGAGCUGAGUUCAUCGGCACCCCGACAGAAUGAUACCCCAGAAGCUUCGCAAGGGGUUAAAAGCCCCUCUGGAGGAGCAGCUGCGGAAAAUGCAAUGGAGAAACUGAAAGCAGGGAAGAACGUCAAGGAAAAGCAAAGCACUGAUUUUGACAGUCUGGGCCUUAAACGAAAGUCGGACGGCGACAAAAGGCCAGCUCUGAGAAAAGAGGCACGCUUGGUAGAGCCAGAAAACCAGCCUAUCGCUCUGCUUCUCUCCCACAUCCCUCUAAAGAGCCUCAUGGAAGUGGAGAUGAAGCUGAUCUAUUUUGAUGAAGGGGAUGUGACCUAUGAGUUCCUGCAGUCCAAAGACUCCGCCAGCACCCAGCCAAAGUGUCCAGAAGCUUUAAGCGUGGAUUCCCUGAGGCUCUCUGAUGGGAAUGGCCCACCCCAGAUCGACAAAUGGCUUCAGGUGGCCUUAAAGGAUGCCAGCACCUGCUACCAGCAAAAGAAGUAUGCCAUGGCAGCAGGACAGUUUCGAACAGCACUGGAGCUUUGCAGCAAAGGUGCAGCUGUAGGGAAGCACUUUGAAGCCUCUCCAGAAGACGUUUCGAGCAUUGCCAGUUUUAUCGAAACAAAGCUUGUAAUUUGCUACUUGAAGAUGAGAAAGCCCGACCUCGCACUGAAUCACUCACACAGGAGCAUUAUCCUGAACCCGGCCUAUUUCCGAAACCACCUCCGCCAAGCCGCUGUGUUCCGAUGCUUGGAGAGGUACUCUGAGGCAGCAAGGAGCACCAUGGUUGCUGACUAUGUGUACUGGCUGGCAGGAGGAAGUCAGCAGCAGACCAGCAAACUCAUCAAACUGUAUUGGCAGGCCAUGAUUGAAGAAGCCAUCACAAGAGCAGAAUCUUUUUCGGUGAUGUACACACCCUUUGCAACCAAAGUGACGGCUAAAAAAAUUGACCUGUUGAAAGAAGCGUUUGCCAAAAAGCACCCAGAUUAUGUAGAAUACAUAUAUACAGAUCCCCAUGGACUUCACAGCUUGCCACAAACUGCAGACUGGACUUGUCCUCCCCAGUCGUAUUUGCUUACGUUAGGCUUCAAAAACAAAGAAGUUGGGAAAUUCCUGGAAAAGAUGUCUUGCAGGAAGCUGCCUGCAAUUUCAGAACACAAAGCUCCUUUCAGUCCUCUUACGAAAGAAGAGGCAGGGAGACACCUGGAGACCAUUGGGAGAAGAAUCUUGCCGGUCAUGGAUUUCAUCCGAGGCACCAAAUUGACUGAGACUUUCUGUGCAUGUUCGGGCACGAUAGAAAAACUGCAGCAUGCCAGCCUCCUUGGCCGUUUGCAGCGCUUCAAGGAGCAGUCCCAAGUGAUUAAUCAAGCCAUGGCUGAGCUUGCAACAAUUCCCUAUCUCCAGGAUAUCAGCCAACAGGAUGCUGAAUUGCUGCAGUCACUAAUGGCAGAUACUAUGGACACCCUCGAAGGAAGAAAAAGUGAUAAGGAAUGUGUCUGGAAUAAAAUUCAAAAGGUAAAAAAAAGAAAAGAUAGUCACUGA